UGUCUGGAUGCAGAGUUAGCUUUGUUGUGUCUUCUGAGCUGAGUGUUUGUGUCUCUGCAGUAAUAAUGUCUUCAUCUCAGUCUCUGAGAGAGUUUAUCAGAGAGCGACUGACCGCUGCUGCUGAAGAAAUAUUCUCAGAGUUUGAUAAAACCAUCGUCCACUACGAGGAACAGCUGGAUCGUCAGCGCAGACUGCUGGAAAUCAGCUGCAAACCCCAGAUAAAGCUGCAGAGAACAGACCUGACAGAGCAUUCUCUCUGUAAGGAGGACAACUUUUUUAGUGCCCAGCAGUUCUCCAACCAGGAAACCAACUCCCACUUGGACCAAGAAGAUCCAGAACCUCAGCAAACCUCCGAGAAACAGGAAGAUCUAGAGCUCCAGCAGUUCAUAGAAAUCCAUGAAGAUAUUAAACCUCAGAUGAAAGAGAACCUCGGCAAAUGUGAAACUCUGGGGAUGGAAGAGGAACAGGAGGUACGCGCUCUUCCACAGAUAAAAGAUGAGCAGGAGGAGUUAUGUGUCAGUCUGGAGAAACAGCAGCUUGAACUGAAGUGGGAGGCUGGGGUAAAUCCUAUGGAUGAAGAAAGCGACUACAAGGACCCAGUGUCAAACACAGAUCAACUCCUUGUGCUGGGAAAGCAAAAACAGAAAAGGGGCAGCAAUGAAGACUCAGAAAAAAGGAGGUGUCCGAAAAUCAGACGUCACGGUGCCAAUGCAGAUGAUUUAGAAGUAGGAAUCCAGAAGAAUGAACACAUAAUGGAGAAUCUGGCUUCUCGUAAAGUUUGUAGUAAAGGUUUUGAUCAACUUUAUUUGACUAAAAAUGCAAGAACCAAUGAGAAGCCUUUCUUGUGCACAACCUGUGGAAAAGGUUUCACCGUGAAGUCUUCUUUGAGGGUUCACUUGAGAUCUCACACAGGUGAGAGGCCUUUUUCCUGUACGACCUGUGGAAAAAGCUUUGCCUACAGUAAUUAUUUGAUUCAUCACAUGGGAGUUCACACCAGUGAGAAGCCUUUCUCGUGUUCGACUUGUGGAAGAAAUUUCAAGUAUAGGCAAAAUUUAUACCAGCACACAAAAACUCACAGAAGUGAGAAGCCUUUCACCUGUUUGACUUGUGGGAAAGGAUUCCUUCGAAUGAGUCAUCUGACUCGUCAUGUAAGAACUCAUAUACGUUAAAGCGCUUUUCUCGGGUAUCACCUGUGGAGAAUGAUUUACCCCAGAAAUUCUAAGGAAACAAAUUUGAACUCACACAUUAAAGGGGUUUGAAUUGAAGAUUCGGCAUCUCAUCUCGUCGCGCAGGUUAUAUGUGAUGUUUAUGUUCUAAAAGUGUUGACCUGAAGGCUCGCAGGAGAGCUCACAGAGGUGAGAGGUUUAAUCCUUGUAGUAUUCUGCCUAGAGAGACACUGGACUCAGUUGUUCAUCAUUAAACUAUAAUCUUGAAACACCAGUGGUUAAGAUUUAUUGGAAAGUAGUAAACAGAAUUAAUCUAUCACCGUUGAUAGUUUAAUAUUUUGAAGCAGAUUUCCCUCCUCAGUAAAACGGUUGGUUGCGGUAAUGAUAUGUGGCUCUACCUAGUUGACUUCACUCUAAUUGGCUACAACCAUAUUCAGGAAACUGGUGUAACGCACCCCCACAUGCCCUUGCCCCCUCCAUCCACACCUCUCUUCUCGGCGUAACACUGUCACAAAUCAAUUGCAACAGGAAAACUUCACUAGUUUACUGCAUUCAAACCGGGUGUGAUUAAGUGAAAAUUAAAUUUUUCCGACAAACAGGGAGGUUUCUAGCAUACCUUUUGACAAAAGCUUAACAAGAAUUUAAUUUUCCACUAAAACUCAAUUACGUUGACAAAUAAGGCCAAGAAUAAUAAACCAACCCCACAUUAUAAUGCUGCCACCACCAUAGUCUACUGAGUGUGGUGAUCUGUUAGUUGCUGGGCAAUGUCAGUUAGUCAAGCAUUCAUUCAUAAAGGCAACACAGGGACAUGUCACAUCCUGAAAUGCAAGUUACAGCUAAUUAUUAUUUAUUUAGUCUUUGUCUAUUGCUCUUUUAGUUUAGAGCUGAAUCAGUGCUUUUUCUCUCUAUUUAUUUAUC